UGGGGAAAGGAGACAUCCACACUUGAGAACCUCACUCUCUUGGAAACCCACCCAGAACCUCCAUUCUCUGUCACAAUGGUCAACUCUUGUGGCUCUGUCUGCUCUGAGCAGGGCUGUGGUGACUACUACCAGGAGGAAUCCUGCUGCCGACCAGUCUGUCAGACCACCUGCUGCCGCCCAGUCUAUCAGACCAUCUGCCGCCCCAGCUGCGGAGUGUCCAGCUGCUGUCGCCCAGUCUGUCAGACCACCUGCCGCCCUAGCUGUGGUGUGUCCAGCUGCUGCCGCCCAGUCUGUCAGACUACCUGUGGUGUGUCCAGUUGUUGCCGCCCAGUCUGUCAGACCACCUGCCGCCCCAGCUGUGGUGUGUCCAGCUGCUGCCGCCCAGUCUGUCAGACCACCUGCGGUGUGUCCAGUUGCUGCCGGCCAGUCUGUCAGACCACCUGCCGCCCUAGCUGUGGUGUGUCCAGCUGCUGCCGCCCAGUCUGUCAGACCACCUGCCGCCCCAGCUGUGGUGUGUCCAGCUGCUGCCGCCCAGUCUGUCAGACCACCUGCCGCCCCGUCUGCUCUCAGACCACCUGCUGCCGUACAACUUGCUACCGCCCUAGCUGCUGAGUAUCCUCUUGCAAAAUCUCCUAUCAACCAUGAGCCACCAUCAUGAGUCUGAAAACAUCAGAUACUGAUUUUUCCAUGUGUUAAAUGGUCUCCAGCUUUAUUCUGUUACACCACUUAGCAGUUGGUGAAAGGGCAUCCACCUCCAUUAUUUCCCACUCAAAUCUCCCAUGCAGCUCUUCACUACGUCUAGCCUCUGGUGUCUGACUAUUGUACCUGCCCUGCUCUCCAAAACUAUGUGUUAGCUAUUCUUCAAUAAAUACUAUCUUUAUAUCAGGAA